AUCACAUGUCAUAUACAGUGUUGUGCCUGGUUCUAGUGGGAUUAAGUGAAAGGGGGUUCUGUUACUCCGGUGAUAGGCGUUCUAAAGUGUGCUGGAACUGGGGAUUUCAACAGAUCUAGAGCUCUGACUACAUGGGACUUUUGAUAAUAAUUUGUUCAAAUAGCUUUAUGCUUUUAUUGAGUGUGUUUUAAAUCAUGAUAAGUCACUGAACGUACUGUAUGAUUUUAUGUUUGAAGCAUCCUUGGCUUUAGAAAUCUGAAUUCAGAUACUCUUUCAAGUUUUAUUAUCUGAAAUUAAGGGAGACAGUGUUUCUCAUUUAUUGUUGACAGGCCUUUUAUCACAUUGACAAUCUAGAUGUCUGGGAUAGUAACAUUCUCAAAAACAUUUCUCUUCAGUUUCGCACUGUAGGAUAGUUGGUAUGUUUCCAGCAAGUUUGAAUAUGUGGUACAGCAGCACAGUGUUAAAGUGUUCUGAUUUCUCCAGAUUUGGAGCAUCAACCGUCAUCAUUGCAGUAUCUCUACUGGAAUGUAGUUUAUCUGAUUAGUGUGAUUGGCUUCAAAGUUUUAGUAACAAGUUCUUCAUACACAGUAGGAACUGGAGAUAGUUUUCUUGGAUAGUUGAGCCUUUAGGGCAUUUCUGGUGUCUAUUAGUGUUGUGGAAUAUCUUACUUUCUGGCCUGUUUCUGAUUAUAGGCUGUUUCUGAGAUGUGUUAUUCUAGCUCAAUAAAGAGGUUACUACAAGAAGUAAUUGUUUGUCUUUGAUGGAUUUAACUGUGAUUGAAGUUAUCUUGCAGGAAAUUACAAAGCUGUGAUUGACUUCAAUUGGAUUACAAAAAAAACAAGAUUUCCAGUAUUGAUUGCAUGUCAGAAGUUUCAAGAAAAUUGAAAUUUGAUAAAAUUGCAAUGUAAUUUGAAGACUUCACUUCAAUGUGGUCAAUGACAAUACAAUUUGGCGAUGUGAUGUAUUUACUAUUGAAUGGGAUUAACAAAAUGUGCAAAUGAUGGAUUAACCCCUAAAGGAUGACUUAGCGAGUCCUACCAUGCUCAUUUACCUUGUGGGGCAAAAUGGGAAGUCAGAAGAUGAGCCAGAAGGGUCUGUGACCUCGGAGAUGGGGUCUCAGGGGGGUCAGGUAGGGGCCCAGGCGGGGCCUCCCUCCCCCCAGGGUAGGGCAAGAGCCCUAGGGCUGAAGGUGGACUCUCACUGGGUUGAAGACGUGCAGGAACAACGAGCUUGUACCUUUAGCAGUUUUGGCAAGCGAACUCCAGGAUGUGCACGCCGUGCCAGCGAGUGUCUGAUCCUAGAGCCCUCCGAGAUGAUUGUGAUUGACUACCCGGAUGUCCAGGUAAUGAAGCCCGGAGCCCGCGUCGGGCCUUGUAGCAACAUGAGUCUGGACCGCCUGCCCAGUUAUGACCCCGCAGACGAUAUACGCAUGAGGCGUAUGAACUCUGACACCUCAGGAUUUUCUGAACAGACAAUCCCAGAUAUUCAGAUUGGGUUCAACGGGCGUGACAUGUACAGUAACAACCAGUUCAAGCGGUGCUCACGUGCUAGUGACACGUCUAGUGCGUACUCCGGGUCAGACAUGAUGCAGUCAUCGCUAGAUGACGGAGAAGAGCUCCCCCCAAACCUCCAGGAAAGCGUAGUUGAUCAGGAUUCUGAUGAUGAGGAGGGGUUUGGAGAAUCGACAGAGUCCCUACCAGUGCGAGAUGCUGUGCGUGAAUGCUUGGAGAAAGAUCCAUCGGAAAGGAAAGAUGAUGACAUAGAAAUUCUGCUGGACUUUAUGCAGCAUUUUAGGGCAUUUGCCAACAUGACCUUGGCCACACGUAGAGCCCUGUGCGCAGUGAUGGUGUUUGCUGUUGUUGAGAAGGCAGGAACGAUCGUUAUGAAGGACGGGGAAGAGCUGGACUCGUGGUCUGUCAUUCUCAACGGUCAAGUUGCCAUAGAGAUGGAUGAGGGAUCGAAAAUACUCGCUCUUGGAGAUAGUUUUGACUCCAAAAAUAUCACUAACAAGAGUUUUGGUAUCACACCCACUAUGGAGAAAUUAUACCACAAGGGAACAAUGCACACAAUUGUCGAUGAUUGUCAGUUUGUGUGCAUCGCUCAGUCCGAUUACUACGGAAUUCUACACCAGGGAGAAGAGAACACGAGACGGCAUUACCAGGACGGUCAGUUGACACUCGUUACGGAACUGCGCGUGUUUGAUGGCGGAAAUAGGCGGGGCCACAUAGUCAUCAGGGGCACACUAGACAGCCUUAUGAAGCAUCUAGUAGAAGACCACAGCUCUGUGGACCUGACAUACGUCGAGGACUUCCUUCUAACUUAUCGAACGUUUCUCCCUGCCCCCACCCACCUCACUGCAAGACUUCUCGAAUGGUUUGGUGACCCUAAAUUAAGGGCAAAGGUCACGAGAGUCGUGUUGUUAUGGGUCAAUGACCACUUCAAUGACUUCGAGACAAACGCAGACAUGAGCGAGUUUCUAGAACAUUUUGAGGAGCUUAUGGAAGAAGAGCGAGACUUGGAUAAGUGCACAAGGGCUCAAAUGAAGGGUCAGUUGAGGUUACUGAACCUAGCAUGUGCGAGUAAAGCGCGGCCAAGAACAGUCACUCUUACAAGAGCAACUCGAGACGAGGUCCUCUAUUUUCAAAUCCUUGGCGGUUUAGAACGAGGCUGUGGAAUCUUUAUAAAGAAGGUGGAAAAAGGCUCAAAAGCCUACGAGGCUGGUCUCAAACGUGGUGAUCAGAUAUUGGAAGUGAAUGGACAAAAUAUGACAAACAUUUCACACAGUAAAGCUUUGGAGCUUUUACGAAAAACCACUCAUUUAUCAAUAACAGUGAAAUCAAACUUAGCCGAGUUUAAGGAAAUGUUAGAUAAUGACGAAAAAAGUGCUAUGAUGAGAAGACAGGAGUUUCAGCAAACAAAUAACAAACAGAGACUAUCAGCUCCUGAUUUGGAACAAGUGUUACUACCGCCGUCACCAAGUAGUGAUUCAGGUUCAGGGAAAAAACAGAAGAAGAAAGAUAAGAGUUUCAUGAACACCAUAGCCAGUAGUAAGCCGAGGUUCCGCAUUGCGCUACGCAAUCUCAUACCUCGAAACAUGAGCACAAGCAGCAUGAACGCAGAUCCAGUAAUCAACCACUCAGAUGAGAACCUGUCUGUCCAUCUCUCUCGUAAAUCUUCAACAUCCUCCGGCUCAUCAAAUCCUGGACUGACCAACCACUUCUCGGCCAGUAACCCCGAUUUAUCGUCAUUCUCGUAUCUCUCCGUCGACGAUAAGGCAGACAGUUUUCCAGAGCAUGUUGUGAAAGUGUUUAGAUCUGAUCAGUCUUUUAAGUACCUUCUCAUACACAAGGAAACUACAGCAAAGGAAGUAGUGAUGUUGUCGUUGCGAGAGUUUGGUGUAACAGACUCUAGCAGUAACUACUCACUAUGUGAGGUAACAGUUGAGUCCGAGGGCUUCAUCAAACAGAAGCGUCUACCCGACACGUUACAAAAUCUUCCGGAUAGGCUUACGCUCAAUGGCAGGGAAAGGACUGGCUAUGUUAAUGCGAGGAGACCUCUACCCUGUGUACUCAGGUAUUACUUAAAGAACAACUUGAGCACAGAGCCGCUCGUGCCUGACGAACUGAUGGGUGAUCUGAAGAAGGAGGCGCAGAUAAGCCUUACACAGCUCAACCCAUGUGAAGUGGCCUCACAGCUGACGUUAGAGGAUUUUAAGGUGUUCAAGGAAAUUCAGCCCGCAGAAUACAUUGACGAAAUCUUCAAACUGAAGUCCAAAUAUGGUGCUCCAAAUCUCAAGAAGUUUUCAGAUCUGGCCAACAAGGAGAUGUUCUGGGUUGUCACAGAGAUCUGUUCAGAAAGCAAUCUAGUCAAACGCAUGAAAAUCGUCAAACAUUUCAUCAAAAUUGCAAGGCAUUGUAAAGAGUGUAAGAACUUCAACUCGAUGUUUGCCAUAGUGAGCGGUCUAAGCCAUUCAUCUGUGUCUCGACUUCACAAUACCUGGGAAAAGGUGCCUAACAAAUACAGGAAAAUGUUUGAGAGCCUGGAAGAGUUGAUGGACCCGUCCCGGAACAUGUCCAAGUACCGGAACCUCCUCUCCAGUCCCUUUGUUCAACCACCUAUGUUGCCAUUCUUCCCAGUUGUUAACAAGGAUCUGACGUUUAUAGAUCUCGGUAAUGACUCGAAAGUGGAAGGUCUGGUCAAUUUUGAGAAACUACGCAUGGUUGCAAAAGAAGUGAGGCACAUGUGUAACAUGUGUCCACCUCAGAUAGAUUUAAACACGAUUUUCAACUCUCAAAGACAAGAAGACACUUCAGCAAUAUUUGGUGUAGCAACUAUGAAACGGGCAAAAAAUCGGCGAGCAUCAACGGUGCCGAAUGCUCGGAAAAUGUACGAAGAGGCUCAGAUGACGCGGAGGGUUAAGUCGUACCUUAGUAACCUGCCAAACAUCCGGGAUGAAGAAAAAUUGGCAGAGAUGUGUAACACAUGUGAACCACAACAAGCUAAAAAACCGGAAUCUUCACCAAACCUCAGUGCCAGUUCUAGCAAUGUGAACAGUGAGGAGAAGAAGCCUGCCUACACGGUCACAGGACCUAAAUUUGGUGCUGCAAACGUAGAAAACACAAGAAAGCUUAUGGCCCUCAGCGGAAAAGUGAAAACCCACGAUUCUAAAAACCCUCUAACCUCUAUAACUAGUCCAAACCUAUCUGGCGUAAGACGUCAACCAAUGUCACCUCGACAUUCCCGACCGCCGGUAUUACUGACGUCAGAAUCCUCGUCGGUUGUCAGCCUUAGCAAUAUAGCACAUAGGAAACCUAGUCGCACUGGUUCACUAAACUCCACAGAGUCUCAAUCACCCACAGCCAGCAUCAAGAGCAGCAGUAGUGCUCCCUGCCAGUACGAGUCUGACUCGAGUCACGCGAGCACCUCUACGUACGAUAACCACAGCACGUGUUCAUUACCAAGCAACAGCUCGCCCGCGUUGUCACGGAAAUCUUCAACCUCCUCUGGCAACCAUAUCUCGUCACAUGCUCAGCAACAGCAUCAUUACCCCAACCACCCUCCUCCACAGUCAGCAGGUGCCCCUUCGUUGCCCGGGCUACCACAGCAGCGACCCCCGCUACCUCCUUAUCACGUUGUGAUGCAGAACGCCCAAGGUACUUGUGCUAACAGUCAGUACAUCCAUACUGCAUAUACAAACGUCCGUCGCCCCCCUCUGCCUGAUUACCAGUCGGCCACCUAUAUGGCCAAAGUUGCCCGCCAGAGGUCAGCCAAUACUGAGUGGUCUACAAAUAACAAGUAUUACUCGGAGGAUGAUUUUGACCCCUCACAGCAGGGCAUCAAUGACGAAAAUGAAGAGGAAAUAGUCUCUGCUGUGUGAACGGUAUUAUGGCAAAACUGGGAAAAGGGAGACAAUCGAAGCGCAUCUGUGAUAGCUGGUUGACAGCAUGGAAAUUAUAGCCUCCUUGGAGAUGAAUUAAACCAGAGUUACUUCCCUUGCAAAGUACACAAAGAAGGGACUGAAGUUAGACAUGGGGAAUGGCUUCCCCUUGGAAAGAACAGGAAUUGCCUCCCUUGGGGUCUUAAAUUAUCUGCCUAGAGAAUUGUAGUUACCUUCCUUGGGACUGCUGCUGUUGAAGUGUGCGAAGUUGAUUAAUUGCCAAUAUAAAGCUAUUCAAGUUGCCAGUUUUAGGUAUUUUUGAAGUUGCCAAUAUUAGACAAUUCCAAAAUUGCCAACUUGAGGCAUGGAUGUAAUUGCCAACUGUCAAUAUAAUGUAUUUGAAAUGUGCAGAAUGUGCAAGGAGUACAGAUCUGAAGCAAUGAAUACUCUAUAUUUAAGAUGGGAAAGUUUGAAAUGGUUGAUCUGUGAAUGAUAAACCAAGACUGUAUGAAACAAUGCGUUUUGCAUUUUACAUUUAUACAUAUAUCUACCAUAUGUUUUAUAAUACACAUUCUCCGUUGGACUGACAUAAUGCAGAGAUUUGGGAGAAAAUAUAAAAGGUGCAAUAUGUGUUACUUCAUUACAUUAUUUGUAAUGGUAUAAUAUGUGGUCUGAUACUGUUGUUGAAUUUCGAUGUUACCAUUUGUAAAACAUGCAUAAGGUAUUUGUAAUACAAAAACAGGUUUUGUCAAUUAUAACCUGAAAUAGUGCCCUUGACUUGAUGUCUUGAAACUUACAUUUGCAGAUAUUAUAGUUAAUAUUACAUGUAAUUAUUAUAUGCGUUUUAGUACAGCUGACUUAGGAUUAACCAGAAUGUGAUAAGUAAUGAUCGUUGCAAAAUCAUCUGAAAUACUGAACUAUAACAUCACAGACAGAUAUUGUAUCAGUGUUUGUCAAAUUACACGUUUUAUGUUGAAAUUGGUUAAAAUGUACUCUUGUUCCACACAUGUAUAUGUAUCUACAUGUAUAAGGUAGACGGUAACGCUAUUAUGAAAUGUAAGCUACAAAUGAAAUAAUAUUCCACAACUUGAACCAGUAUUGCAAGAUUUCUAUAAGUCAUAGGAGUAUGAAGAAAUGAUUUGUAAAGUCAUAAUAUUUCAGAUUUUAGUAGUCUUUUUAUAAAACAUUAGUUUUAAAACAUAACUUAAUAAAUUUUGUACCAGUAUUUUGCAGUUUUGGAAAGUAAAAUAUUGAUGGUUUGUAGCGUGUUUGAAUGAUAAAAACACAGACAUGGUCCAGCGAAAUUUAUAAUGACAUUGUAGAUCAAUGAAUUUACUUGGGUGCCGUUUUUCAAAAAGAUCAUUUAAAAGGGAUUUUAAUUUAUUUUUUUGCAUGAUCUUGUAAAUUUAAAUCAAGAGAUUUUAUGAAAAAGAUAAAUCACAAUAUUCAGUCGUUUGUAUAUGUGUGUUCAUUUUAAGUUAUGAAUUUUAUUUGAUGCAGGCCAUUUGUUUAGUUUAUGCACAUUUUAUCACUUUGUAUAUAGAAAUUCUGAGAGAUUAUCAUUCUAUCGCUCAUUGUAUCAACCUGAAUAAAGAAAGAAAUACUGA